UUUAGGUUUUAGUAAUUAGGUGAAACAUUAGUCUCUGAAACUUGAGUCAGUUGAGUGAGUUGAAAGCUCCGACUCGUGAGAGUCGAAGCCGAGGCGAGACCAGGAGAAAGAAAUGGGGGGAGAGGCUGGAAACCUGGAAACUUUCUUGAAGUGGGCCUCGCAGUUGGGAAUCUCAGACUCAACCAAUCCCUUGCAAUCAACGACUGCAUUAUGUUUGGGCAAUUCCCUUUUCGUUUCACACUUUCCGGACGCAGGGGGUAGAGGUUUAGCUGCUGCCCGUGAACUUAGGAAAGGAGAGUUGAUUCUCAGAGUGCCGAAAUCCGCUUUGAUGACAAGGGAAAGUCUGUUGACAGAUCAGAAACUUGCCAUUUCUGUCAACGGAUACUCCCAUCUCUCUUCUACUCAGAUAUUGGCCGUAUGUUUAUUAGCUGAAAUAGAUAAAGGAAAGGCUUCUAUGUGGUACCCUUACUUAGUUCAACUUCCUCGCAGCUACAACAUACUAGCGAGCUUCACUUGGUUUGAGACUCAAGCUCUGCAAGUGGAGGAUGCUGUCUGGGCUGCAGAGAAAGCUAGAUCAAAGGCUGAACUGGACUGGAAAGAAUCGGUUCCUGUCAUGAAAGAACUGGAGCUGAGACCUCAACUUUUAACGUUUAAAUCAUGGCUCUGGGCUUCUGCAACUAUAUCUUCUCGUACACUGCAUAUACCGUGGGAUGAUGCUGGGUGUUUGUGCCCUGUGGGUGACUUUUUUAAUUAUGCUGCACCUGAAGAGGCAAUGCCUUGCUCUGAAGAUUUAAGGUUAACAGAUGGAGGGUAUGAAGAAGAUAUUUCUGCAUAUUGCUUCUAUGCAAGGAAAAGCUAUAAAAUAGGAGAGCAGGUGGAACCCCCCACCAAAUGUUUGAAGCUUGUUCAACCCUACCUUUGUCAAUUGGAGGAAAAUGAGGGGGAGAAUUCUGUGGAAGUGCACAAGAGCAGCUGUUUGCUGGUCGGUUUGGGAGAAAAAAGAGCUUUUCAGACAAGGAGAGAAGUCCUUUUAAGUUAUGGAACAUACACGAAUUUGGAGCUUCUUGAACACUAUGGGUUUAUUCUUGAUAUGAACCCUAAUGACAAGGCGUUUAUUGAGUUGGAUGCUGAAAUUUGCUCAUCUAGUUCAUGGUCUAAGGAUACACUCUACAUCCAGCAAGAUGGGAAGCCAUCUUUUACUCUACUGUCUGCAUUACGUUUAUGGGCAACCCCACCAAACCAGCGGAAGUCUGUUGCACACUAUGCUUAUUCAGGAUCUCAACUGUCAGCAGAAAAUGAGAUGUCCGCCAUGAGAUGGAUGGCAAAAAACUGCCAAAUUCUUUUGAAUAAAUUUCCAACUAAAGUUGAAGAUGAUGAUUUGCUACUACACAUUAUUGACAAAAUGCAAAAUUUUCCUUUACCCAAGGAGGUGGAGUAUGAACAGAUGAUGUUGGCUUUUGGAGGUGAGGUUGGUGCUUUCUUUGAAGCUAAUGGUUUGCAGAAGGGAGGAAGUGGUGGUGACAUCACAUUCUCUAGGAAGAUGAUACGCUCGAUAGAAAGAUGGAAAUUGGUAGUUCAAUGGAGGCUAAGGUAUAAGAAAAUCUUGGUUGAUUGUAUUUCUUAUUGCACUGAGGUUGUUGAUUUUCUUUCUUCUGAGAAUUUGCUACCGAAUAGAAGUAAUAAUACCUAAUAUAGUAAUAACUAAAAUGUUAUGCAUCUUUGUAUAACGUUAUUGGGUAGCUACAUUUUUGGUUUCCUCUAUGUUUUUAUGCUAUACAUGUUUCUUCAUAAAUUGUAUAAUUGGGUUUGAUAUUUUA